AUGGCUGCUGGCACCUCCACCUGGGCCUCAGGGGACACAGGCUGGAGGGGGCCUCAUCCUGGUCGUCAUCAGCUUUUGGCCCCGGUCCCACAGGACGCCUAUGACAACGUCACCCUGGACGUGGAGCUGGCUCGCCGCGAGGGCUGGUGCUUUGGGGCCAAGCUGGUGCGGGGUGCAUAUAUGGCCCAGGAACGUACCCGCGCCGCAGAGAUUGGCUAUGAGGACCCCAUUAACCCUACGUACGAGGCCACCAAUGCCAUGUACCACAGGUGCCUCAACUAUGUCCUGGAGGAGCUGAAGCACAACACCAAGGCCAAAGUAAUGGUGGCCUCCCACAAUGAGGACACAGUUCGCUUCACGCUGCGCAGGAUGGAGGAGCUGGGCUUGUACCCUGCCGAUCGCCAGGUGUACUUUGGACAGCUACUGGGCAUGUGCGACCAGAUCAGCUUCCCACUAGGCCAGGCAGGCUUUCCCGUGUACAAGUAUGUGCCCUACGGCCCUGUGAUGGAGGUGCUGCCCUACCUGUCCCGCCGUGCCCUGGAGAACAGUGGCGUUGUGAAGGGCGCCUGGCGGGAGCGACAGCUGCUGUGGCAGGAGCUCAAGCGGAGGCUCCGCACAGGCCGCCUUUGCCACCGUCCAGCCUAGUGUUCGUGGGCUACCAUCGUCAUCCACCUUCAGACUCGGCCUCCAGCCCUUGCCCUGUGGGGCUCUGUGGGGCUCUGCGCGGCCCCUGGGCCGGUGCACAGCUAUAGCCCAACCCCAGCCUCACGUGGAUUCACCUUUUUAUGACCCUGAGACCUGCUGGAAGUGGGGCCUCAGUGCCCCUCUGGCCCCUGCUCAGGAUGUGGGCACUCAGGCUGUGUCUGAUGCCUGCCAGAGCCACUGGGAACUGUCCGGAACUGCCUCUGAACAAGUGGGCACGACUCCCAUCUCUGCCAGGCCCCAGGACCUU